AUACCACUUCUUCCUUCUUUGCCGCCAUUUUCGAAAGAGAGGUGUCAUUACUGCAACACCUGGUCACGUGUACGCCUCCUAUGACGACAACGAUUAUUACUGGGUAACGCACGUGCUGUUGCGUCAUCUAGAAGACGAGGAUCAACUUGAUGUCAUCAUAGAUCAAAGAAAUUUCAUUGGUGGCGCUUCCCUUUCUGAGGCCAUCGUAGAGGCCGUGGAAAACAGCAGAAAAACAGUGCUUGUUCUGUCUGAGAGCUACGUUCUCAAUCCUUGGUGUGAGUUUGAGUUUCAGAUGUCUCUUGCUCGUGGUUAUCAAUCAGUAAUCCCGGUUAUGUUUCAACCUGUGCCAUUUGAUGCUAUGACGAAAUCGCUGCGAAAGUACAUUAGAGCAAGAGGGUAUAUAAAGUGGACUGAGGACCCCGAUGGACAACGUUUGUUCUGGAAACGCCUCUCCAACGCCAUUUUUCAUGAGAAUAAUAUACUUGUGCAACCCGAGAAAGAUGACACGACUGAACUCAUGUAG